UUUCUCCCCCUCUAUGAACUCCUACUCGCCCUCCGCCUCUUUCUCCCCCUCUGCCGCCUCGUUCUCCCCCUCCUCUUUCUCCCCUUCCAGCUCCCUCACUAACUCCCCCUCGUCUCUUUCCCCCGCCGCCCGCUCGAUCUCUUACGCGCCGUCUCAGUUCCGCUCACACAGCGAUUCUGGCUCGGGCAAAGGCACUGACACUAUAGCUAAGUCCUGGCUCGGUGCCGAGCCUGCAGGACAGCGGGGGGGGAUGAUGAGGAGCUCUAGCCGAGGCCUUGUCACAGCCGCCAUAUCUAACACCGAACCUGGUAGCCCGGCAAAUAAUUCUGGAUGGAGGGCAGUGGCGAAUGGGGAGGUGUAUGCAGGGAAGGGACAGCUGAGGCGGACUGCAACUGCUGGAGGGGCGAUUGAUGCCAGGCAUGCGUUGGAUUCGCGAUCGACCAUUUCAUUGAGCCGCCCAGGGAGUGCGGAUAUUGGUGCGCUCUCGCAGCAUGGGGCUGAGCAUGUUUCAGGAAGCAAGGUGGUGGAGAAAGGGGGAAAGAAGGGGGGCUUGAAAGGAAUACUUUCGCGCAAGUCGAAGCAAGUGAGGUGGUCAUACGACUUCGACAAGGAGGGUGGCUUGUGAAUAAAAGUUCCAUACAGGGCCAUGACAAAGGUCAUGGUCCCCCUAUUUUUGACGGCACUCAAGAGGGCCGUUAACUUGACUCUA